GUGUUGUAUGAUAUGUGAGUUGUACUUUUUGUAGUUUUACUACUGUGUGAUUUUGUACGUGGACAUAAACAUGUGUUGGAAUUUUAACAUGUAGUGCUGGAAUAUCAUUUGGCAUUCUUAUUGGAUACGACAUGACAUAUUGUUGUAAGAAUUGGAUUUCAAUGACCAUAUGGACAGUAUUUGCCACACAGUCAACAAGCUGGAUAUAAUUGCAUUCCAAUUUGCAGUAUUAACUGAACCUACUGACAUGACAAAAUAUACCCAAGGAUUGCAAAUCCGCUAGGUAGGCCUAUUAUUCAACGGAAGCCUGCACAUAAAAUCUCACUUUGAACAACUGAUGAGGAAUUUUGUUCACACACUUUCAUCUUAAAGGAGCCAAUAUUGGACUGUGUGAUACUAGAAUUUUCUAUAAUUCUUGAAUGGUAUUCGUUUUAAAACUAUUCAAAAAAUUUGUAUUGAUUAAUUCGCUGUCUUCCAUUUGCAAAGCAAUUCAACAAAAAUGAUUUCAGAGGAUAAGGUGUCCAGUUUGCUAGUGCCUGGAUUAUCUUGAUGUAUUAUCGGUGAUAUUGAGUGAGCAAUGUCUACCAGCGACAGUGCCGUGACGGGCAAGCCCCCGAGCGGGACGCCAGGUAGUCGCAAUAGGACGCCAUCCACAACUCCACGGUCUACGACAUCCACACCAAGACAGUCUACAACAACCGGACGCACAGGGAACAAUGCCCGGCUAUCGGGGCAAGGCCAAACCUCCAAACGCUCGUCUUCGGUCACCAGUGAAACAGAGGCUACUCUCAGACGGAAGAUCGAACGAUUAAAACUGGAAUUAGACACCAAGAAAACAAAACCAAAAAGAGGCUCAGGCGACGGCAAAUCACUCACCAAUCGUGCAACUUCAAAUCCCACUGCUAAAAAUAAUUCAUCCUCCGAAAGUAAAGACUCGUCUAAAAUCAGAACUCCACCGAAUAGCUCAACCAAAUCUAACUCAGCGAGGAGGUCACUGGGACCUGACACCAAAACAAAACCGCUUCCAGCUUGGAGGUCUGGUGGUAGCGGAGAUGUAAAUUCAUCAAGACCGAACCCGAGAGUGGUUGCUAGAAUCAACUCUAAGCCAGAUCUUCUGAAGAAAUCCAACUCCAAACCAGACAUGCUGUCAACUUCUUCUUCAUCAUCCACCGGUCUUAAACGGAAAGAAACAUUUAUCGUAAAGAAGUCACAGUCCAACGUAUCAACGAGGAUCCCAACGAUCCGUGGAUCACCGAAAGCCGAAAUCACAAAAACAGAUGUGGAGGAUGAACCAUCAAAACAAUGCAUUCCAAUGAACGUAUCCUCUGAUAUUUCUAAUAGAGUUAACCCGCCUUCAGAUACAUGUAGCAGUAAAGAAAGUGUCGAUAGAAGUAUUCCUAAAAUGAACCAGUUAUCUAUAACUGAUCUGACUGAUGAUGAUCAAAAUUCGGAACAGGGAAGUCAAGAGGAUUUCCCGAAAGAUGAACUGGAUAAGUUGGCCCAGACAAGAAAGAAGACCACUAUAGAUGGAAAUGAAAAUGGAUUACCUCGGGAAAUAGAGAGUCAGUAUGAUGGCGUAAUCAUAAAGGAACCCAAUGUGGUGGCAAGGUCGACAUUAAAAAAGGAUUUAGAUAUUUAUGAUGGGGAGGAGUUACUACAAAAUGAGGAUUUAUCGGCAGAGAUGCAUGCACCAGCAAGACGGGUUACUGCAUCUGAUAAUAUGAGCUCCAUGGAGGGAACUGGCGAGAAAUUAACCACUCGGGAGGGGCAUGUCCAACAAGAAGAAGAUGAUCAAGAUGAAGAAGCAAAGGAGAAUUUGGAGAACAUGCUCGCCAGUCAAAAACAGUUGAUCCUUACCCUAAAGGUUGAGAAUGCAAACUUGCCUGGUGAAGGUUGUGAUGCAGUAGAUGGUGCGCUAUUGCCUGCCGCUGGUACUACUGACCAGUCAGUCACAGAGACUAUUGACCGGUCAAGGACAACUGACAAGUCCACUGCAGGGACUAUUGACCAACCUGGUGUUGUAGACAGGGAAUCCAGGAAUGAAGAAACUUUGAUGGUGGUGGCGCAUGAGGAACCAAGCAUGCGCAAACAAGUGGAGGAGUUGCAGCAGGAACGCCGACCCAACGAAGAGCGUUAUGAGAAACUGAAGAAGCGCAACAUGGAGCUGUCUCUGAUGACUAAACGGCUGGAUGAGAAGGCUAGACAGAUACAGAUACAAAAGAGAGCAGACACUCCACCGAGCCUUCCCAAUGGCACUGCCACCACAAACCACCAGACUUCCAAACCCACCGACGUUGAGGUCUACAAGCGCCUCUUUGCCAGGCAGAGGGCGCGGGAUCUAGCCGAGAGUGCACAGAAGCUUCUGACUAAGGAGAAAGAGAUUAAGGGACUGAAGCAGGAACUGGACAAGCGUGUUGCUCUCAGUCCGGAACCUGAAGUGCAGAACGGCAAUGGCAGUGAUGAGAACACACACUUGAAGACAAUCAUAAAGGGGAAUGCUAAGGAGCAAUUACUUCUCCAAAGGCAAAUACAACUGGCUUCCAGUGUAUCGGUGAGUGUAACUAACAUUUGCUGUCCAACAUUAUCUCCUGCCCCAUUCAGAGUUAUUUGCUUUGUCCAAGUGUUAUUAGUUGAAUACCUGUGUAAUGAAUCUUUUGUCUUCUAUGCCUAA